AUGUCUGGUUCUGCUGGAGGUUUUGGGGCUGGCUCCAUCGUGGCAGGCACCAUAGCCGGAGCACCAGUUUCUGGAGUGGCCUGCACAACAGUCGAUGGCUGUGCGGGUUCCGUAGAUUGGGGCUCGUCCAACUUGGGCUUCUUGGCAUCGGGACUAUCUAAAGUCUCUUGCUCCAAAGCAUGUUUGCCGGGAACCUGGGGCUCUGUCGACGCCACCGACGCCACCGGGUCCUGUGGUGCGGAGGGAGUCACCUGCUCUACCUUGCCAUUGGUUGGGAUGUCAGAAACAGAAGACGUCUGGACGGUAGCACCUGUUUCUUCAAAUGACAUCACCUUUCACAAGCAACUUGCACUUUAUCGAAAUUGGCAGAAAAAGAAAAUAUUUCGAAACACGGCCGCGACUGAAUAUUUGGGAAAUCGCGACAUUUAA